UUAGUGGGGACAGCCUGUCAUGCUUUCAUUACUAUGCCAUUUGAGUACCGUGCUAACACAGUAUGGAAAUAAAAUUCGUGGAAACGAGGUAUAAGAUAUUAUUGACAAGCCCAAGCGUCUGUUUCUACAUUCAUGUCCUGCAAGAGACAGUUUCCCGAUGUAACCACAAGAUGGCGAAAAUCUAUUCUCUUGUACGAUUUCGUGCUCUGUCCACCCGGUGGCGCCGGCGUCCCGUGGUUAUCAGUCCCCGGGUUGAGUGUUAGGAUGGCGGCAGCGGCUGGAGCUGAGGCCAGGUGCUUGGAGGAGUCUUCGGAUAGCGAGCCGGAGCAGGAGCCUGGAGCUCUGCAGAAACUCAUACGCAAAGUGUCUACCUCCGGCCAGAUCCGCAGCAAGACCAUUAUCAAAGAGGGCAUGUUGAUGAAACAGACAAACUCCUUUCAGCGCUGGAAAAAACGGUACUUUAAGCUCAGAGGGAGGACGCUCUACUACGCAAAAACAGCCAAGUCCAUCAUCUUUGACGAGGUUGACUUAACAGAUGCCAGCGUCGCUGAAUCCAGCACAAAAAACGUCAACAACAGCUUCACUAUAAUUACCCCGUGUCGGAAACUGAUUCUCUGCGCAGAGAACCGGAAGGAGAUGGAGGAUUGGAUUGCGGCGCUGAAAAGCGUCCAGAAUCAGGAGCAUUUUGAGUCCACCCAGUACAGCAUGGACCAUUUCUCAGGGAUGCACAACUGGUAUGCUUGUUCACACGCCCGCCCCACCUACUGCAAUGUGUGCAGAGAAGCGCUGUCUGGGGUCACCUCGCACGGCCUGUCCUGUGAAGUCUGCAAGUUCAAAGCCCACAAGCGCUGUGCAAUUCGGGCUACGAAUAACUGCAAGUGGACGACCCUCGCCUCCAUUGGGAAGGAUAUCAUUGAGGACGAGGACGGGAUCUCAAUGCCCCACCAGUGGCUCGAGGGGAAUCUUCCUGUCAGUGCCAAGUGUACAGUGUGUGACAAGACCUGCGGCAGUGUGCUGAGACUGCAGGACUGGCGUUGCCUGUGGUGCAAGGCCAUGAUACAUACUGCAUGUAAGGAGUUACUGUCCAGCAAGUGUCCGCUGGGGCAGUGCAAAGUGUCUGUGAUCCCGCCCACCGCCCUGAACAGCAUUGAUUCUGACGGUUUCUGGAAGGCGUCGUGCCCCCCCUCCUGCACCAGCCCCCUCCUCGUCUUCGUCAACUCGAAGAGUGGAGACAACCAGGGCGUGAAGUUCCUGCGGCGCUUCAAGCAGCUGCUGAACCCCGCCCAGGUCUUCGACCUCAUGAACGGGGGGCCUCACCUGGGCUUGCGUCUCUUCCAGAAGUUUGACACGUUCCGGAUCUUGGUGUGCGGUGGGGACGGCAGUGUGGGCUGGGUCCUCUCUGAGAUUGACACUCUCACCCUGCACAAACAGUGUCAGCUGGGCGUGCUGCCGCUGGGCACAGGGAACGACCUGGCGCGAGUGCUGGGCUGGGGCUCGGCCUGCGAUGACGACACGCAGCUGCCACAGAUCCUGGAGAAGCUGGAGAGAGCCAGCACCAAGAUGCUAGACAGGUGGAGCAUCAUGGUGUGCGAGACAAAGCUCCCUCGACAUCACUCCUCCUCCACCGUCACAGAGGAUUACAGUGAGGAUUCAGAGGUCCAGCAGAUACUGACAUAUGAGGACUCUGUUGCUGCUCAUUUGUCUAAAAUCCUGACGUCUGACCAGCACUCGGUGGUAAUCUCUUCAGCAAAGGUGCUGUGUGAGACGGUGAAGGACUUUGUGGCUCGCGUGGGGAAGGCGUACGAGAAGACUCCGGAGAGCUCAGAGGAAUCUGAUACCAUGGCCAAGAAGUGUGGUGUGCUGAAGGAGAAGCUGGACUCCCUGCUCAAGACUCUGAAUGAGGAGUCUCAGGCCUCAAGCUGCCUGCCCAACCCACCACCCACCAUCACAGAGGAGCAGGAAGAGGGCGAGGGGCUGGGGCUGCAGGAGCCCCCUGUGGAGCGGCAUGCUCCCCCAGCCCCCUGCCCGCCCAGGACCAACCCGGGCAUCUUCAAGCCCCGCGAGCAGCUCAUGCUGAGAGCCAACAGUCUGAAGAAGGCGAUCCGGCAGAUAAUUGAGCACACAGAGAAGGCGGUGGAUGAGCAGAACGCUCAGACUCAGGAGCAGGAAGUGUUCGCUCUGGGGACCUGUUUGGAGGAGGAGGGGAGGAGCGAGGACAAGGUCUCUCUGCAGUCCUCGCACAGCGGAAACAACUCCUGCGUCAACACCAAGGGGAGGGGGGCCAGGAAAGUAUCCAAGUCUCCCUAUGAGAAGCUCAUCAGCAAAGGAAGUGUGUCGUUGGGCAGCUCUGCAUCACUUCCUGCACAGACAGGAAACCGGGACAACAUGCCCAUGCUGAGCACUAAGAUUCUGUAUUCAAGCUUGCGUGCCAGUCUGUCUGGUUCCCUCCCUGGCAGCUCUGUAAUCAGCCGCUUGCUGGUUAAUGCCGAUCCCUUUAACUACGAUCCCGAGAGCCUUGACUGUUACACAGAAAAAUGUGUGAUGAACAACUACUUUGGAAUUGGACUGGAUGCAAAAAUCUCGCUUGACUUUAAUAACAAACGUGACGAACACCCAGAAAAAUGCAGGAGCCGAACAAAAAACAUGAUGUGGUACGGAGUGCUGGGGACCAAGGAGCUGCUCCAUAGAACCUACAAGAAUCUGGAGCAGAAGGUGCUGCUGGAGUGCGACGGGCGCCCCAUUCCUCUGCCCAGUCUGCAGGGCAUUGCUGUGCUCAACAUCCCAAGCUAUGCUGGCGGGACCAACUUCUGGGGUGGCACCAAGGAGGACGAUACCUUCACUGCUCCAUCGUUCGAUGAUAAGAUCCUAGAGGUGGUGGCAGUAUUCGGGAGCAUGCAGAUGGCUGUGUCGCGUGUGAUCAACCUCCAGCACCACCGUAUCGCACAGUGCCGGACAGUGAAGAUCACAGUCCUGGGGGAAGAGGGAGUCCCAGUGCAGGUGGACGGAGAGGCCUGGGUCCAGCCCCCUGGGUACAUCCGGAUCAUACACAAGAACCGCACUCCGACCCUCACCAGGGACAGGGCAUUUGAGAACACUCUGAAAUCCUGGGAGGACAAGCAGAAGUGUGAGUUCCCCAGGCCCUCUGCCCAGCUGGCUCUGCUCCCGGAGAUCGUAUCGGAAGAGGAGGCGUCGCAGAUCAACCUGUUCGGACAGUCGGCUGGAGCCCUCAUACACAGUAUCCGCGAGAUUGCCCAGUCCCACCAGAGCAUGGAGCAGGAGCUCGCACAUGCUGUCAACGCUAGCUCCAAGUCCAUGGAUGUUGUCUACGCCAAGUCCAAAAACACAGAGGGUCUAAACUGCAGUGUGGUCCUCGAGAUGGUGAACAAUGUGAAAGCACUUCACAAUGAGACUGAACUGCUGCUGGCAGGCAAGAUGUGCUUGCAGCUGGACCCCCCUCAAAAGGAGCAGCUCUCCAGCGCUCUGGGGAUUGUGGACCUGCAGCUCCGCAAGCUGACUGACAUAUCCUGGCUGUGCCAACUCUUGGAGCCCUCUGAUGAGGAGUGUCACAUGAUGGAGCUCUCCAAGCCCAGCCGCAGUGCAAAGUUCCGCCUGGUGCCCAAGUUCAAGAAAGAGAAAAACAACAAGAACAAGGAGGCCAGCGGCAGCCUGGUCCUGCCAGUGCAUCUCUGGGGCACGGAGGAGGUGGCGAUCUGGCUGGAACUGCUCAGCCUGUGCGAGUACAAGGACAUCUUCAUCGGGCACGACAUUCGAGGAGCUGAGCUCCUGCACCUGGAGAGACGAGACCUCAAGGAUUUGGGUGUGACGAAAGUGGGUCAUAUGAAGAGGAUUUUACACGGGAUCAAGGAGCUGAGCCGGAGCACACCUGUUGGGGAGGGGUAGCCUCCAUUCUCACUGCCUGCAUCUACAAGGGGCCAUGAGACCAGGCACGAUGCAGGGAAGCGGGUCUGUCUGGAUGGCAACUACCCUGCCCAAUAACCACAUGCUGUCCAGAAACCUGGAGCCAUACGCACAGUGCCUGAACAGAGCUCUAGAAAGUGGCUGCUAAACUGAAAAACUCAAUCCGCUGUGUGACACUGUCCUCCUUAGCCAAUCAGAAAGCCAAUCAUCCAGAACUGUAUCUGGAAAUGGACCAAUCAUAGUUUGUAUCCACCCUGACAAUCAUGUUUGAGAGAUUACCGCUGUCGAUCAAUGGUCCCAUCCCUUAAAGCCUGAGAUGUGGACCAUAAAGUUCAGUGCCUUAACUGAUCUACACAGAACUUCAUCAGCAUAUCUAAAAGCAGUCUCAGAUUCACAGAACCAGUCGCAGUGCAGUACAGGGUGUCAGUGUAGAUCUGGGAAGAACUAAAGAAGGAUGCAACCGUAGUGUACGGUAGAAUCAUUUUUGUAAAAGUCACUGCCACACAUCCAUGUCCAGUCAACAUUGAUAAUAUAUCGUUUUACACACACAUACCACCAUUGGAAUCGCUAGGUCUCUACCUAAGCCAAAGGUAGACAUACAGUAAGAGUUGUCUUUUAGUACAUGAAAUCAUCGGAUGGAAACACUCAAGGAACUGCAGUAAAUGUUUUGACACAGAAUUGAGGAUAUGUGAUUCAAUGUGGCAAAUACGCUAUAGAAGAGUGAAGAGAAAAUAAACUGUCCACGACAGUUUCUUCUUUUUGUUUUCUUUGCGGUUGUGUUGCUUUGUUUUGUCAUGGACAGUCCCAUGCUAGACAUUGUCUGUCCAUAUCAUAGAAAGGGUUGAAGGUUAGUCCAUGUCAUUAGAAAGGGACCACAAACAGAGGAACGUAUUUGUUUACGUUGUAGCUGUUGCCAUAGGGACCAAAUGAAAUUGGUGACUUUGAGGCCCUCAUUGGGUGCUCUAGUAUUUUCACAGUCAAUCACAAUAUUUGAAUAGAUUUAAUUUAAUUAUUUAUUAUAAAAUGACAUGGACAAACCAAUGACUCUCAUUGGCUGAAAAUGAAUUUAACACAUGCAAUCAUCUAAACUGCCCACUUCUAGUGUGGUGAUGUUUACCAGCCCAUUAACUAGCGAUGCCUCGGCUACAUCCCUAAAUAUAAUGGGCACAUUCACCCCCACCUUUGAUUACUAGACAGUUGUUAAGAGUAGUUGGCAGUGAAAGACAUUCAAAUAAGUCUGACAUUAUUCUGGAUCAUUUCAAAUCCCUGUUUCAAAUGCACUGCAUUUCCACCACGAGUCCUAUCAAAUACUGUCUCAACCAAUCUGAAUUUAACAUUCCUAUUUUCGAUACUUCCCAUGACUGCCUACAAAGCAGGAAACCAAUACUGCAUUUUAAGCCAAUCUGUCAUUGUAUGGAGUCUCACGAAUCAUGCACCUACUUUAUGGAAAUGUCAUUUGAUUCAACUCCCUUUUUUAAGGACUGGGAGAACUCACUGCACUGCAGAACAAUUCUGUAAAAUGCAUUUGUUGAACAAAUCAUUUAUUUCAGGUUUAUGCAGAAAGCAAGCUGGUUUGAAAGCUUUUAAUUGUGUCAAAGGCUGUAAGCAAACCCAGGCUUAACUCCCAGAUAGUCUUAACAAUAUCAGAUCAUCAGAAUGUGUUCUUUACUGUCUGAAGAGAAGGUGGCUGCUACAAACAAGUUAAAUCUCAAUAUGAAAUAUGGAAAGCACUGUGGACAACUAGCACAUCAAGCAUUAGUGGAUAAAAGCAAACCACCUGUGACCUUUUUGUUGGUGAAAUUCUGUUAUCAAGUGCAAUAAAAUAAAAGCAUACAUGAAGGAAAGCUUGGGAACUUGUUCCCAAAAUACACCUUGUAAAGGUGAAUGUAAAAGCCUCUCCUCAACUUGAGUCAACACAUUUCAAUACUGCUUUAGGAUAAAUAUUGGUCAUGUGUUUUGUAUGAGUUUUGUGGCAAGCACAUUGUGUUUUUCUCUACCACUGUCCAGACUACAGCUCAACCUUCAGUGGCAUUCAACAUGUGGAACGUUCCUAAUCUCGCAGAGGGCACAAUUAAGUGUUAAGAUAUGUAUGUCUGUAUGUAUGUAUGUUUGUAUGUAAGUGUAUUAAAGUUUUUAAAUUAAGUGUUCAGUAAGUCUGUAUGGAAUUGUAUGAAGCAGGUUCCUUGAAGCUUUGUGUAGGUGUCCUGAGUAAAUCAUCAAUAAUUUUAAACAGUCAUAAAAUCUACUUGAUUAAGAAGUUGAGACCUACAGAUGUCCUCAAUUAAUGCCUAAUAGCUAGGUGCUCACUGCUUUCUGGCAUAACUGGAGAUGUGGUUCAUGUGACAGAGAUACAAAUAACUCCCAUAUCCCCCAAUUCAAUUGAUGCAGUAGAGCUCACUAUAUCAGUACAUACACCAGGUUAAUAAGUGACUGGCAGUUCACCCUUGGCUUUAGGAUUGGGGACCAUCUAUUUUAUCUACAGAGCCAUAUACUGUUAGGCCAGGGUUUUGGUCUAGGUUAAUACCAGAGAUGUACAGUACAACUGCUAAUAGCAGUGUGUGGUAUUACAGGAAUGAGUACAAUCUGAUUUUCCUAUUGAGUUACCUUUAGUCAAGUCAGUAGUCAAGUACUGUAGUUUCACUGAGUUUGGGGCUGUGGUAGGUGCUAUAACCCUGAGAUUAUAUCCCUAUUUUAACCAGUUCCCCUUACUAAUUGUACCGUUUAGUUGGAUGUACUCCAACUAACUAAGUCCCUCAGGCUGUUCUGAUGUGUACUGGAAAAAUAGACAUGUUGAGAUAUGUUUGGCCUGGGGAGAAGCAGCACAGCUCCAGCGCUCAGUACUGGGUUUUGCUCCCAGUGUCGUCUUCUGAUACAUGUUUUUAUGUAAUGCACUGUUUUAUACCACGUGAAGCAUUUAAUUGAACACGACCUUCAUUCUCUGUUUUAUUUUUGGAAGUGACAAAGGCUAAAAGUUGUUGCCUUUCACAGUGACCACAUAUCCCUCAUUUGAGGUGUGCUACUCUUACUUUAUCCCGACCAAAAAGGGCAGUGGAGGGGUGCAGUAACUGUACAAAAUAGAUAAGAUACAGGUGGAGCCUGUGACAUGCUGAAGCAUUCCAAUUACUGCAGACAGUUUGGGUGAAAUUCAGUGCAGGAUUAGGAAGGACAAGUGUGCUUGGAUAUUCCUGCAUGAGGGUAAGGAAUGCACAUUAUUGAACAUACCAUUGAAACACAGUACAAUGGUGGGCUGCUGUCAUGCAACCUAAGAGCAACUUGGUCUGAGAUAUCAGUUAUCUUAAUGUAAUGGCCUUAAAAUAGCUCUGAAAUGUGCUCUAUCCAAGUUCACCUGGUACGCCAAGGUGUAAUCAUUAGCCUGCCCCAGUUAGAAAUUCCACAUGGAACAAAAGUGCUGUUUCUUCAUCCACUGUGUCUCAAGGGGCAGGUUACACUCUUGUGUACCAGUUGAACUUGGAUAGAAGGUAUAUUUGACAGCCCUUUUGAGGCCACAAGGGUGCUUUCUCCUUAGGAUGUGAAAAUUUAAAACCGGAAAUUAUAUGCAAAGUAAUUGUGAACAAGAAUACAUUCGUUAAAAUAUCCAUACUCUGAAACAAGAGUAUUUCUUGGAUUCUAAUAGUGUUAUUUUUAGCACCUGUUAUAGAGAAAGUAGCACUAAACUGCCCUUUUGAUAGUCUUGUAUGGUCUCCCGAACUUUUACAUUUUUAGAAUUGUUCUGGAUGGUUUUGAGUCCCUUGCUCCAGCAUUAGCAGCGAAACCUGCAGAUGUUGCUGAGUGCUGUGUUUCCGUGUCAACUGGGUGACACAUCCUGACAUGUUUUGGGUUUUUUCCUUUAAUUUUUUUAGAACUGGAAGAAAUUGUAGAAGCCAUUUGAACAGAUUAUUUUCUGAGGUAAAUUUAGGGCUCAUUAGCUCACCAUUGAAAUAAAUAAAUAAUUCCUUGUAAGUGCUCCUGAGUGGCGCAUCCAGUAAAGGCGCACGGCUCCAUGUGGCGUGCAGGAUGCGCCCAAUAUCGCGGGUACGAAUCCAGGCUUUGCCGACCAUGACGCACAAUUGGCGAUUCCAAAUUGGGGUAAAAUCAUUGGUGAUGACUAAAUUAAAAGAAAAAAAUACCAUUGUCUGUGAAAUUACUGUAUUUCACUUUCAAAGUGAGUCUACAGUCUACCGGGUAAUCCUUUGUAAUUAUCAGAAUACCUCGUUCCCACAAAUUUCAAGUUUACUGUAAGGUUCUGUCUUACUAUAUAUAACUGGCACAAGAUGAAACUCAGAAGUGGUUUUGUGAUCAUAAUAUCAUAAUCCAUAUGUGUCUAUGUCAAUGCAACAACGGUAUACCUGCAAUGUGCUGGAAUUGUCGAUUUUUGCGGUUGUUGCUAUUACCAGCCAUGCAGGAAACUGCAUGUGUCUGAGGUUUGUCUUCAAUACCAUUUGGUUUUGUAACUAAAGAAUAUCAUCUGAAAAACGUUGUAUCGGCUUUGGAAAUAUAGCUAUGAUGUGGGUAGCAUUUAAUUAUCAAAUAGUUACAGAAGUUAAUCAGACCAGAAACAAUAAGAGCAUGCAUACUAAACUAUUUGGGGGAGGAGGUUAGUAUGAUUGCAAACUAAUAUCAAAAUGAAUACAUAAAACUUACAAGUACAUAACAAAAAAAAAAAAUUGUGAUGGAUGUUAUCCCAGCUUUUAACACCUUUACAGGAUCCAUGUGGUAAACCUGCAAAGAUUGGCUGGAUACUCUUUAUAAAAUCAUUUAAAAAAUAUGAAUAGUUACAUCCUCAGGAACUAAGUUUUAUAUAUGUAAAGACUGCAUAUCUGGCUAUUUUUCCUUUCGGCCUGUAAUGAUUUGCUUUUCUUUGUACAGUGUUGGCCGCAGUCUGCACUUUAAGGACCAGCCGCUUUUUAGGGGGAUAACACAUGGCAGGAAAGGGUUAAUGGGAACAGUUCAUUUUACUUAUCAUAUUGGGAAGCUUGCACAAGACUGUGGCCCCCGGCCCAGAGGGUGUGGGGCCCUGUUCUCACAGUUUCCAUUGUGUAUUUAUCAUUUAAUUUACAGUAAUGUUGUCUGCUGUUCAGUUCACAUGCUCCUUUCUUUCUCCUGUGUACAUAGUCCCAUCUGGGGUGUGUUAAUACAUUGUCUUGUACAGAAAGCACCUAUCUUCCAUUAAACAUGUUUGUUUUCAGUUA